UAUAAUUGUAAUGAACGGGUUGGGCACCGUUUGGUGGUUUGAUUCCCAUUUGCUGGUUAAAUGCCUGAAUUGUAUACCUAUUUUACCCACCAAAUGGGACUUAUUUUUCCUUCAACUUGGAUUACGUUUUUCUUGAGAAAAAGUGCCUCUUGUUAAGGAAACUUUCAAUGAUGAGUGUUUGUGAACAGGAAGAAGCUGCUGAGAUGAUUUCAGAAUGGCCUGUGAUUGAACAAGAAGUUCAUGUACCCGUGAAGAAAUCAAGUAACUCUGUACCUUUGACAAAAAGGAAACACAAGGUAGAGGAGGAGAAUGGUGUUCAGUCUUUUAAAACAAAGAGAGCACAUACUUUAUGUACUAGUAACUUGGAGGAACCAUUAGUGAAGGUAGCUGUGGCAAAAUGGUGGAGGAGACAGCCUCAGAAAGUGAAAAAUCAUUACACAGAUAACCUACCUUUUAGUGAAAAUUCUGAUACUGUGCUUGCAGGAAUUAUGAGACUAGAGAUAACACAGUCCUUCAUGCUGUCAGAGGUAACAAGACUAAAGGACAUUAUAAAGAUUAAUGGCCCUAGCUCCGAUGUCCAGGCAGCUCUUGGCUCGUUUUUUGAGAAACUCGGAGACUUUGAUUCUGCCAAACACCAUCUUGAAAAGGCUGUUUUACUGAAUAGUGAUAAUCCAGAUUCUGAACACAAAUGGCUUCUAGGGAGAGUCAGCAAGCAGGUCAAAGUUCAGAGAGACCAAACGUCAGCCUUGCACAGUCUUCCUUCAUCGUCCAAUUUGUCCAUGCCAGUAUAUCAGAAAGUGGACAGAGUGUUGGCUGAGGACCUGACCUCAGAGAGGUUUUAUGAGGAGUAUUCCUCCAAACAGAGGCCAGUCAUCAUUACCGGCCUCAGAGUCACUGGCUCCCCCAUGUCUCCACAGGACAUCAAAACACACGCAGGAGACUGUGUUGUAACCUUAAAACAUUCAGUACAGAACUCUUGUGAAUGGGCACGGCUAGAAAACAAAGAAAAGAUAACUGUGUCAGAUUAUAUCGACCGGAUAGAGGGUUUAGAUGACGAAAGUCAAUUGGACAGAAACGCAAGUCCAGGAUACUUGUUUGAUUGGAGCCUCCCAAUCCACUGCCCUAGGCUCGUGGAGAAGAUAAGGAUACCAAGGUAUUUUGCUGGUGACUUUCUUCAGAGGACCAGCGAGGGGUCAUUGUACAGAGACAGCUGGCCCAGUCUGUUUGUUGCCCCUGCAGGCCUCUGUAGUGAACUCCAUGUGGACGCUUUUGGAUCCAACUUUUGGAUGGCGGUGUUUCAGGGCUCUAAAAGAUGGGUGUUCUUCCCACAAUCUGAUCUUCCCUACCUCUACCCCCAGUACUCAAACAGUAUGGAUCCCGUGUUUGAGGCAGACAUCAGGAAUCCUAAUCUUGAAAAUCAGCCAUUGCUACACCUAACUCACCCCUCAGAGUGCAUUCUUAGUGAAGGAGAAGUUUUGUUUGUACCAGCGGGCUGCCCACACAGAGUGGAGAACCUGACAAAGAGUGUUGCCAUCUCUGCCAAUUUUGUUGACUUAUCAAACUGGGACAAUGUUCUAGAAGAACUUGAAUUGAAUGCCCUUGUAGACCCUAGAUCCCAGGAUUUGUUGCAGCAGUUCACAUCACUUACAUUUGACAAAAAAAUGAAAUUCUACAAUAGUGAAAUCCCAUGGUCAGAAUUUAAAAGCUGACGUACUUAAUUUCUAUGCAACCUUUUUUUUAAUUAAAUUUUUAUUAUUAUAUAAA